UUUUUUUUUUAAUUGCUUUAAAAAGUUUUAAAAUGAGCAGCAUUUAUGUUGAUGUAUGCGCAAACAAAAAACUACAUUUUAAUCAAAUUUACUACAUUCUUUCAGUUUAAUCGACCAGUUUAGUUAAAUUAACGACAUAUAGGAGCAGUGGCGACAAGAAUGUUUGAAAAUAACUAUUUACAAUUCGACAAUCAGUGAAAAAUCACUGAUUUCAGCGUUAUACUUAUAACUUGUCGAUUAGUGAAAUAAAUACAGUGAUCUUUCACUAAUUCCGAAUUAAAAAUCAUUAAAAGUUAACGGAUACUCACUAAUUAUCACAGUUAUAGGUACACCACUGGGGAUCAGUGAAAAUACACCGAUUGCAAUUUAGAGUGCGAAGGAUGGCGUACAAAAGCCCAGAGUAUCCGCGACAUCGCACGAGUACAGUAAAGGGGUUGAGGGUUGCCGGCGCAUCAGGUAUGACCGGCGGAUAGCACCGCGCCGUAUACGCGGGCUCCACAGCACGGGUGGUUGCCGUGGCAGAGUGAGAGUGCCGUAUACAUAUAUAUAUAGAGAGAAGGGGGAACACGGCUCGGCACUCCAAAGUACACAGCCUCCGCGAUUGCAGUGCGGUGUGCUCCUUCGGUUUCCCUCCACCUCCACCACCGGGUUUAUCGCCUGAUAUUCAUUCCCUCGCGGGGGCCCCGUCGCGCCAGUGGUAACAGAGUCCGGGCCGCAGACCGUGGUGGUUCCCGUAUAUACACACGACGCUCCCGCAGAGCCGCCGCAGAAGGGCACAUCCGCCGAGGAGGACGUCCGCACAGGAUCCGCCCUAUACAGAAUAGCCGCCGACACCAUGAAACUUACGCUGUUCACAAUAUUAGUCCUUUGUACAAUAGCCAUCUGCAAAUCAGCCGAAGAGGAAUAUGAUUACGAGGAGGAGGUAGCAACAGCGCCGGUGACGCCGGCACCGACUAAACCAGCAAGUGGUCGACUGGGAGGUCUUCUAUCUUCGAGGGGACGCGUCAAUGUAGCAAAUGUAGCAAAAAAGAAAGCACCGGCGCAAUCAACGACGUCGAAGCCGGUAGAACAGGCACCCGAGGAAGACGAAUUAGAGGGCGAAGGCGCGUUUGAUGAAAAUCAGGAACACGAUGCGCCUACGACGACGACUGAGUCUGCGAAGAAACUUCGAAAUAACGGCGGCGUCAGGCCUUUCAGAUCAAACGAGGAUCUCCUGGCUGCUUUGAAGAGACGAAGAGCUCAGACCGGAUCCAGUAGUCAUUCACGUGAAACUGCCGCCACUCAUUCCACAGUGGAACAUACCACAGCCAAGUCAAAAGCCAGCACAAGCGGUCGUAACAAGGCUACGACGAGCGCGGUUGGUAGCGAAGCAAGAACACCAGGGCGCGGCAAGUACGGCGGAAGAGGAAAGAUUGUUCAGGAAGAGGUCGAGGAGACUCAGCGGGAGGAGAUCCAAGUAAAGCCCAAAGCCAGCUCCUAUCGCAGGCGCAGUUAAAAUGAUCGCGAUUAGAGUUACCUGAGCUUGUUGAUUUCUUAGAAUGCGCACCAAUAGAAUUUGACAAUCGGUCAACGUCCGAAAACCGUCGUCUUUCUCACAUCGUACAAUUUUGUAAAAAAAAAAAAAAACGAUCUUACCGAGUUCUCAGGAACGCCGUGGAUUCGAAGCGUAGUCCCGAUUACCUGUGUACGCAAACUUUCGAUACGCAAAAUUGACACUAAAUAAGAAUUUUAACUCAUUUUGUAUACAAGUCAUAUGGAGACAUCGGGUCUUUCUCGAAGAGCGACAACUUCGCUUAUUUCUUACGCGGGGUAUUAAAAAUGUAAACAGAGAAAGCUGAAAAGUAUUACGGCGGGUACGCAGGAAGAACGAUUUUGCUAAAAUACAGAUCUGAAAAAAUACAUAAUUCUAUUGAAUCAUUAAAAUAAUUUAAGUUGAUUGUGCAAAAAUGUCAAAACUUUUUACAAUCAAAUCAUUGAGCGUCCUAAUUAUUUUGACGGGUCAGUAUAAAAUUAUUUUGAGAUCUGUAUUUAGUUGAAUUUUAGAUACUUAAGUGAAAUGGUUCUUUCCGUAUAUUAAUCGAAAGGGACAAGAUCUAUCCCUUUAGCCACAGUAAGCUUCCAGCCAAGCUUCAAGUUUCGACGCGUGCAUGUUGAAAGAAUGAUGGAAAAGUGAUGUGUAUAUAGCAAAACAUGUCGUCCAUCAAGCGCCUAAAUCACUUAUUGUAUAAAAUGUAAAUUAAUGUGACAAUAAAGUUUUUCUGGAAAGCGA